AUUGGUCAAUUUUUUACGGUUCCGAUAUAAGUUAACGGAUUACGGCCAUCAUAAAUCAGCCUUUAAUGUGCACUUAAUGCGCACUAGUGUAACCACUCAAUAUGUCGGCUUCUAACGAAUUUUAUACAUUUGCAGUGUGUCAUCGGAAAGAUUUGUUUUUUACGAUUAAUAUGUAUAUUUGUAGAUUUGGGAAAAUUAUUUUUAAAAAAUAAUACGUUACCACGUGCGCGCUCGCGUUACUCGUUACUCAUUGAAGAAAUAAUUUGUUAUGUUAUUCAAGAAGUAACAAAUAGUUACAAUUUUUCUCAUAAAAUUUUGAAGCCCUUUUUUAGGAUUUCUUUCUAUUCAUUGCAUACACAUGCAUUCAAUGUGUACAAACAUUGCAAAACCAAAUGUAUUAUUUUUACGCGCAUAAACGUUUAAAAAAAUACACAUUUGACUAAAGCUCUUUCUACACGUUUUUUCCAUUUUAAACCACGUCGUUUAACAUGUUUAAAUGUGUUAAAUGAUUUAACGGCAAUAAAUAUAUAAGAAGAGUUUUUCAAUCAAAAUUACACAUUUAGAUUUACAGUGAAGUAACAAUAAGAGUAAUGAUUAUAUUUAUUAUCAUUAUCCAACAAAUAUAAUUACGUUAUCGUUACCAUUACUAAGCUAAGUAGAACAAAUUUCUAAAAGAUAUUUUAAAAACAUCUUAAAAGUCUAAAAACACAUAGAACAUCCUUAAGUUAUUUUUUAGAAAUUUGUUCUACUUGAAAAUAAAUAAAAAUAAUGUUGUUACCAAAUUGUUACCGAGAAAAGGUAACUUUUAAUGCGUUAUUUUCCAACUCUACAUGUAUCUGACACUCUGUGGAAGAGCGAAGAAAGCAGAAAGAUUGUGCAAGAUAUUUUGGAAAGUGUAGCUAUAGAAAACAAGUCUACAAUUGAUUGUCAUGAAUGUGGAUCAACAUUGCGAUGAAUGAAUAUUCAUUAAUAAAUCGCACACUCGUAACCGUCUGCUAAGUUUUGUGUAUUGCGAACUUUCCCGUCGUACCUAACCUUAAACGCAUAGUGUUCGACAUUGACAGCGGUUUGAAAAUUUGAGAAGAUUUGAUUGUAGCAGCAUGUUGAGCAUUAAAUAUUGAAAGUUUGGAACAAUGUCCGACUCGUCGGAUGAGAAUUACGUGACAUUCGGUGUGGCUCUUGAUCCCUUGGAUGAAGAAAAUAUUCCACGGAAGAAACCCGUUACAGUCGAGGAUCAAUAUGCCUAUGAUGCCCAAGGCAGACGCAGGUUUCACGGAGCCUUCACUGGUGGUUUCUCUGCUGGGUACUUCAACACCGUCGGUACUCGCGAUGGUUGGAGACCACAGCAGUUCAAGUCUUCCAGGAGCAGCAAGGCAGACAGCAUCACUCAACGGCCAGAAGAUUUUAUGGAUGAAGAAGACACAGGUCUCUUUGGGAUUGCUCCGAAAGGAAUUCGAGCUACCAGUGAUUACGCUGAUCAUGGACAAAAGGGAAAGAAAAGGGAGAGGAUAAGUCAAGAUAAUAGUGGGCCCAUCCCUGGUACUCCAGUCUUGAAAGAACUUCUGAAGCCUGUCAAAGAAACAGUUGGUAUUGUCCUGCUGAAGAAAAUGGGCUGGAAACCUGGUCAAGGUGUGGGUUCUAGACUAACUAAGAGAGAGAAACGCAGGAUGAAGCAACGUAAUGAGAAGUUGAAGUUAGCACAAGAUAACCAUGAAACGAUCCUGAGCAACUCUGAGGAUUCCGACGAUGACUCCAUCGAUGUUACUUUCGCUCCCGACGAUUACGAGCCGUUCAGGUGCAAACCAAAGGACAAUUAUUUCGGCAUCGGCUACUCAGGCCUGGAUAGACGAAAAGUUCUCUCUAGUCACAUCAAUUUGUUCGAUACGCCGGCGUUCUGCGUUCAAGAUAAGAACAAAAAAUUGUCAAUACAUGGUCAAGCAUUCGGAGUCGGCGCGUUUGAGGGCGACGACGAAGACAUAUACGAACGAGAAGACAUGUCGCGAUACGACUUUGCCCUGGGUCCUGAGCGCAAGACGAAGACGAGAUGGUCUCAAGAUGGUUCAAGUGGCUCGUACACCGACUGUCUGGAGGGUUUCGUCCGUGCGAAAGAGAGACUCGAAAGCAAGAAAGUUUUCAAACCACCAGAAUUGCCGAAGGACUUCGCACCGGUGCACACCGUCAGGAAAAGUAGGUUUUUCCCGCCGAUCGCGACUCCGUCGCGCACGUUACAAAAUGGCAAACGCAGGGAGUUGAACGCUGUGGAUAGAGCGCGGAUUCUGGAAGACUCAGACGAUCACUCGAAAAAGCCACCGAGCUCAUCCGUCGCUUCUAACAUUAUUUCGAAAACGUUAAAUCUGCAAGGCAAACAACAGACAGAGGAGAGACGAAAGUUGGAGGCUCAGCAGACAACGACGACCGGUUCGUGGUUAGACAAAUUGAACACCCAAAACUUCAUAAAAGGCAGUGUCGUUGAGUCCAAAGAAGAUGACACGGGUCUGAAGACACUAGAGGACUUCAAGGAAUUUGUGUCUACAUCUUCAAGCACGGACCAACCGAGCGGAAAUGACGCCCUGGACAAAAAUGAAACAAGAAAAUUGUUCUUAGCCGAUCCAGACAAGCAAAGGCGAUUCGAGCAGUACCUCGCUUUCCUGAAGGAUGACGAUCCGAGCAAGCUCGAGAGCAUUCAACUGCUCUCCAUGACCGAUUGGGAGAGAGAACAGGAACGCACGGAAUUCGAGCAAGCUGCCAAGCUUGAGCAGUCAAAUGAUUAUAUGGCGAAUACGUUUGUACAGAGCGUCGAUUGCAAGAUAGACGACGUGGAUCCAGAAAAAGAUAAGAAGCAAGCAGUCAAGCUGAAGAUGUUCGGCAAACUCACUCGAGAACGAAGCGAGUGGAAACCGGCGAGCAUCGUUUGUAAGAGAUUUAAUAUCCCCGAGCCGAAAGUCGGCUGUGCCCAAGUUACGACGCAGCGGAGGGCAGCGAAAUUCUCCAUCUUUGAUUCCUUAGAUUGGUGCAGCUCGUCUAAGUUUACAAAAGCCACGGACACGGUGUCUCAGAUACAAACGGAAGAACCUGUUCCUCAAUCGUCGAAAAAAACGGAAGAAACAGAUGAAGUAGCCGGCCCUAACAAUAUCCCGUCUAAUAUCUAUCAACCCUCGGAAGCCGUUUCCGAGAAAUUUAAGAUCUUCGAGGCUUCUUACGAGAAAGUUUUCGGCAAAGGCAUUCAAAGCGCUAUCCCAAAAGGCGUCGAAGAACAUGCGGCUACUAGUUCAAAGACUAAGGAUACACACGAGCAAGAAGCAGAAAAUAAGCAAGAAGUUGUCGAGUCGGCGAACACGUUCAAGGAACAAUCUGAAGAGAAGAAGGAUCUGUUCAAGGCGAUUUUCCUCAGCAGCAGCGAGGAUUCCGACAGCGAGACGGAGGAGAACGUCGACAGUGAGGCGGUCAAGUCGAUUUUGAUCGGAAAAGAUCCGAAGGAGAUAAACGUGCAACGAAAUACGUCGCCGCCGCGAGGUAUCUUCGCGAAGCUGGAUCUCGACAGUCUAGUGGCGCAGCCGAAAGCACACGCCAGCAAGGACGAUUCACCUGAGGAAAAUGCGUCUUCCAAACGCGCAGAGACCAGUUUACUCGCGGUCCAUGAAUCGCAGAAUGAUGACAGUCUUGUGGAUCGCAGCGAAGCCGGUGACACGUCGGAAGCUGCGAUAUUGCCGGACAUGUAUGGUCCAGUGCUACCGCAGAGGUUGUUGAAGCAUGAGAACAGCGCGGCAAACGUGGUCGAGGUCGACGAUGACACGACGCAGUUGCCAAAACCGGUAUACCGCAGCGUCGUUGUAUCGAAGAGCGCGAGCGACGACUCCAGGCUCGGCGGAAAGUGGGUAGAGCGAGACAAGGUGAAGACGUCGAAGAAGGAGAAGAAAAAGCAUAAGCACAAGGAGCAUAAGAGUUCCAGGCAUAAGAAGAAGUCGAAGAAGGAGAAACGCUCGAGACGUUGAUUCUCAAUUGUUGCUUUUUACUUGGUGCUUCGGAAUACGCAUAUGUGAAGUAAUGUAAUUGUAUAUAUAGAUAUAUUCGACUCUUUCUCUUUGUGCUCGCAACCGCAAACUGAUUUCUUCAGCUUGUGGACGCGUCACACUUCGACAAAUUCUCAAAGUGAAUUUGAAUCCUAAUAGCGAAGUUUCUCGAUCUUUAUCAUUGUUCUAGUAGGAUUUAUGAGUUUUAAAUGGACGAAGUGUCGAAAAUUGUCGAAAACGAAACAUUUACACGGAGAAGAUAUUAUGGUUUGUUUGUUUUCAUAUAAAUUCUUCUCAAUUUUACUAUGUUUUUAGUAGUUUAAGAAUAGACCGUCAAUAAAUCUUGUUAAGAAAUGUAGUAAAUUUCCUUAGAAAAACAUUGUAGAUUUUGCUGGAAACAUAGCGAGUGUUUUAAUAGCAUAUUUCAAUUUCUAAAAUAUAUAUGUAGCAUAUAGUGAAUUGCAGAAUGUCGGUCUAUUUCUCGGUUACAAAUUCUGUAGUAACUUUUGUUAUAAGAUUUUCUUCGUGUACCAUGCGUUAGAUCGUUAGACAAGGUCAAAUACUACAUGCACGUGCUACUCUUGAAGCACGUGAUGUGCGAUUAACUGCGCGUUUUCUUGAGUAAGAGCUACUUGGUAAGAUGUUAAAUAAACCAAUGAUUCAUAGAUAA